GAGGGGGUGGUCGCAUUGUCUGUCAGGACGGUGGCGGAGUGUGAAUUUCUGCCGUCUGUCAAAAACGCUCGCUGAUCCCCAUUAAGGCUUAUUAGAGUAUGAAGUAGACCCGUACUGGAGAUAGAUUCGCAAGCGUUAGUGUUAGCGAGUCUUCCUUUUUCUUCCGUCCUUCGUUUAGUUUCUGAAACGGUAAGACAAACCGACCGUAACUAGCUAGAGCAAGUGCUUGUUGCAUUCAGCCGGCGAGAGGAGGUGCGUAGUGGCGGAUCGGGCGAGGAGGCGCACGGGGCUUGAUCGCGGAUCGGGGUCGAGAGUGGCCGGCCGGGGCAGAGCCAAAGGCGGCCGAUGACUUCGGAGAUUAGCAGCCAAGCGCAACAGAAGGAGGUCGAGCCGGGAUCAGUCGCCCGUGAUCAAGAGGAGAAAACCGGCGAGGACCAAGGCGGCAUGGUGACCACCAAGGGGGCUGGUCUGAAUCCCAAUGCUAAAGUGUGGCAGGAAGUGUCUGCACCAACUACCCAGACUCCAGAGGCAGCCACAGAGACGUGCCAUUGGCCACAAGCAGAUACUGUCUCCACCGAGGAGUCAGAAGGUUUCAAGGAGUAUGGUGUUGGCUAUGGUGACUCGGAGUCAGCCCCUCCUAUGGAGAAUAGCAUGUUGAAUGGCAUGGAGUCUGCAGAACUGGCUUACCCACUCUACGAACCAGUGGAGGGUGAGGCGGUCGAGGUGCAGCCUCCGCUGUCUGAAGAGAGUCUGAAGGAGUCACUGAAGAAGCAGCUGGAGUUUUGCUUCUCAAGAGAGAAUCUCUCCAAGGACCUUUACCUGAUGUCUCAGAUGGACAGUGAUCAGUUUGUCCCUAUUUGGACCAUUGCAAGCAUGGAGGGGGUCAAACUGCUGACUACUGAUAUGGACCUGAUACUUGAGGUGCUACGAGCCUCUCCCAUGGUGCAGGUGGAUGAAAAGGGGGAGAAGGUACGGCCAAACCACAAGCGAUGUAUCAUCAUCCUCAGAGAGGUUCCUGAGACCACACCUGUAGAGGAGGUGGAGGCCCUGUUUAAAAGUGAGAAGUGUCCGCAGGUUAUCAGUGUGGAGUUUGCACACAAUAACAACUGGUACAUCACAUUUCAGUCUGACACUGAUGCUCAGCAGGCUUACAGAUACUUGCGUGAGGAAGUCAAAACCUUUCAGGGCAAACCAAUUAUGGCUCGCAUCAAGGCCAUAAACACGUUCUUUGCUAAGAACGGUUAUGGGGCAGUUGAAUCCGGGGUUUACUCCACUCCAUCACAGUACUCGUCUCCAGUUUACCUGCAGCAGGUGUACCAGCCUCCACAGCAGUACCCUCUCUAUAGCCUCCUGCCACAGACUUGGACCCCCUCACCCACCCCUUACUUUGAAACGCCACUGGCUCCAUUUCCAAACAGCACAUUUGUUAAUGGCUUUGGCCCAGCAGGAAACUACAAAACUGGCUCCUCUCCAAUCAGCCUUACGCACAACUACCCCCGCAACCGACUUCCACUUUAUUCCAGAAAGAAUGUAAUCAAUGCCUUCAGGAAUCAUGUAAAGCCACAACCUCGUGCUGACGUGGGUCAGCUGACAGAGACUUUGUCUAGUACUGGUUGUCCCCAGCCACCAUCCACCUCUACUUCCGAGACCACUGCCUCCACCCUCAUCCCGCUCUCUGAACCACAGGUUUCCCCCAGAGAGAACCACCACUCAGAUAUUGGCAUCAGCAGCCGGGCAAGGAGGGGAAGCUAUCGUGGCAUGAGGAGGAGAAGAGAAGAUGAAAGAAUGAGGCAAAAUCCUGAUUCAGAAGUGAAAGCUCCUCCCCCUAAGUUUGACCUCGCAAGCACUAACUUCCCGCCAUUGCCAGGAGGUGUGCCGAGUCGUCUGCCAGGUGUGACUGUGCAAACUGAGUCGGUGUUGGAAAAUCGCAUGGCAGAUGUAGUUAAGGGCAUCAGCAGGGACAAGCAGGAAACAAGUAAGCAAGAUGUCGGUCAAGAUCCCAGAACAUGUCCAGUGGAAGCUCAGUCGACCGAACCCUUCACUCCAGCGCCAAAGCUUCCUGCCUCAAAAGAGGACACACCUAGCACUAGUGCGUCACAUCAAGUGAAGAAACCUGAGAAAGAGGUUCAGGUCUCUGACACGCCUCCAGACCUUGCAUCAGUGACUGCAAAGCACGUCCAGCCCAUUUCUGCCCCCAAACCUUCAUGCAGCCAAUCAAGCACUUCAAGCACUGCAUCUACACCACCUGACCCAACAAGCGCAACUGUCCAGGAGCCUCGGAAACUGAGCUAUGCGGAGGUGUGUCAAAGGCCACCCAGAGACCCUCCCCCUGCACCAGUAGCCCCGCCCAGCCCCAGUCCCACCCCUUCUCCCACCACAAGCCAACCACUACGUGAACUUCGUGUCAACAAAGCGGAAGGCCCAGCCUCAUCCCGCUGCAUCCCUGGUGAGAAAUUGGAGAAGGGAAGUGAUAGUCGGACAUCCAGAGAGCCUACUGGAUACCAAUGUGGUAACGGCCCCAGAGGGUCAGGUUUUAAGCUCCGAGAGCAACAGAGACGGCCUCUACAUGGUCGACGCUCCUCUCCACAGACGGGGUACAACAGACGCAGUGGAAAAGAACAAAACAUCCCACCUAGAUCGCCAAAGUAAUGCCUCGUAUGCCCACAACGCGUGCACACUUAUAUAAUAAAGUAAGACUAUAUAAAACUAUAUAUAUCUACAUAUGAAAGCUGGACUGUUGCACUGUGGUGUCGGAAGAACUCUGCUUCCCAAAUGACUGAAAUCUGGGAAGUUGAUCCUUAAAAAAAAUUACAGAAGAAAACUAGGAAUUUAAGGAAGACAAAAAAACUCUUACACUUGAAAGGAGAAAUGGAGGCUAUGCUUCCUGUGCUGUCUGUGAUUUACAGCAAUUAAUUAGAUUGUGAAUGAUUUUUUUUAUUUUACUUGGAGUGUUUAAGGUCCUGGCACUAGUGUAGAAUGCUUUACCUUGUUUUAUAUAUAAUAUCUUUAAAUGAUAGUAGUAAUGUUGGUGAGAAAUCAAGCCAGCACAUGUGCUCCAUAUGCAACAGAUAACACAAAGACAGCAUGGCAACACCACCACAGGGCCAAAACUCACAUUUGUGUGUGUCUUUUCAUUACUUCCUAUGUUUGCACCAGUCCUAAAAGGGUCUGGGGAAGAAGUUCGAUUCAGAUGUGAUGCUUUUGAAAAUGAUCACAUGAUUUUGAAAAUUAUCAAAUGAUUCAUAAUUGUUUGUUCUUUAAUUUAUUGAAAGCGUGCACAAUAUGAAACUUUACAGAUAUCCCAAAGUGUGAUUUCUAGACUUGGAAAAGUUAAUAAUAUUGUUAUUAUAAUUAAUAGAUAAUUAACAGCUAUAAAUUACUCUAAUAUGAUGAGUCUUACGUUUAAAAUGAUUUCUAAAAGUCCUUGUUCAAAAUUUCUUAUUUAGUCAUUACAAUCAAUUGGAAAAGUCAAUGAAAUUUAUUGACCUGAAAAUGGUGGAAACCUGUCUAUAUUUGGCAUGCAUUUUCUAACUCAAGCAGGUAUUAAGUGUUUCACAUGAUUCAGAAAGCAUAGAGUGAAUCAGUUGUGCACAUAUGCCAUUGUGUUGUAAUCGCUUAAUGACUGAAUCAUAAUUAAAUCAUGAGGUGCCUAUAGAUUCCCACCCCUGGUCUAUAACUGGAAGACAAGUGUGUGUACCUUGUUCAGACAAAGGAAGAGGGAAAUGUGUAGGUUUGAAGGACACACUGAACAGGAAGUUUGUCAUGACGAAUGGAUGAAGUAAGACAUCCAUUGAAAAAAGAUUUGGACAAAUAUAUUCAAGGAGAUUUUUGAGUUGGUGUGUGGUGCUGUAUAGUGCCAUACAGUGUCAUGUGAUGUCCAGUGUUUCUGAAGGCUGGGUCUGUCAGUAACAGAAAGAUCCAGCUGCUUUGCUGAAAGAAUGAGUAGAAAUCAUUCGUGUAGAUGAGAAAAAAAACACUGUUUGUCUUCCUUUCCCUUGGGAGUGCAAGUCUUGUUAGUGUUUUCUAGUGAUCAGGUUGUUGUUUGUAGUGUCUGCUUUUGACAAUUUCCGUUUGUUUUGUUUUUUUCUCCCCUCUGCUGUAGAUGCUGGUGACUAUAAUCAGGUUGAAUUUUAUGCUCUGAGUUAGUGUGCUGCUUCAGAAUCGCCAUUCAUGUCCAGUCUGUGAUAUUGAGUCAGUCUGUUUGUUUCUUUGUAUGUUUAAUGAUAAUCUGUAUGUGAUGCUUGCAUUUAUGCCUAUACAUUUCAGGUAUGAUUACAUGUAAUAUACCUGCUACAGCACUCAUAAUAUACCUGUCAUCUAAUCUCAUGUCGAUGUAGGUAAAAGAGAUGGAACUCAGGACCUCAGAGGAAAUAGGUGAUGUGUAUGACUGCUAAUUUUGUCCAAUGCUUACUGCGGGAUAUAUAUA